AUGAGAGCUACCUCUCCGUGGAUUCGACAGUUCUCGCCGCCACACAAUGUUCGGGCCACUUGUCGUUUCUUCUCUGCUUCAUCAUCGCGACGAGAAAUCAAAGAUAUCCAGAGUCUUCCUGCGCGACGUCUGCCAAAAUACCAAGAGUCUCGAGGUAGCGACUUAUUAUCCCUUCGAUGGCCGGCCCCUCCUCGCAAUAUCCUGAUUGUGAAGAAGCAAAGCGCMCCUGCCGUUACGGCGUCUGUUAUAGAAUUCAUCAAUCAUCUAGCAUCCACAUAUCCCUCGUUAUCAAUCAUUUUAGAGCCUAAAACUAGCCAAGAAGUUCACUCUUCUCUUCCGAUUCCAGUCUACACAUCGACCUCGGAAAAGCCACUGUCUGCGUCAACACAUGAUAAAGUCGACCUGGUGGUGACCCUCGGCGGAGAUGGAACUAUACUUCGCGCCUCGUCUUUAUUUGCGACAUCACACGAUGUUCCGCCUAUGCUGUCAUUCAGUAUGGGUACCUUGGGAUUUCUAGGAGAAUGGAAAUUCGACGAAUACAAGCGAGCUUUUCGAGAAGUCUACAUGUCUGGCUCGGGCGCAGGUGACCGCGCUCCUGUUCUGGAUGACUUGGAGCCUAGCACGGCCGAGGAGGACGUCGAAUCGAAAAUGGGGCCUACAGGCUGGUCCUCUGUCCGUGGUAAAUCCAUGGGUUCUACCAGAGGGGCCCGGGUAUUGAUGCGUAACCGUUUGCGUGUUGGUCUAUUUUCACCGGACGGCGAAGCUAUUAUUCCCCCAUCACAUUCCGCCGUGUCGACCGGUGUAUCGGAUCCACGGGUUUAUGCACUGAAUGAAGUUCUUAUCCACCGUGGAAAAGAGCCUCAUCUCGCUGUUCUGGAUGUCUUUGUCGGUGGGCGUUUCUUAACGGAAGCGGUCGCGGAUGGCAUGAUCAUUUCAACGCCCACCGGUAGCACCGCCUAUAGUUUGAGUAGCGGAGGUAGUAUCGUACAUCCCUUAGUCCCGUCGCUUCUCCUGACACCGGUAUGCGCUCGUAGCUUGAGCUUUCGACCGCUAGUUCUACCGUCGAGCACACCAGUUACUCUACGACUAAGUACGAAAAAUCGCGGCCGAGAAGUCGAGUUGAGUAUUGACGGCAAGAACAUGGGCCAGGGCAUGUCUGCUGGAAUGGAAGUACGAGUCUGGGAUGAGGAGAUUCGACAUGGAAAGAACGAUUGGAGAGGCGGCGUGCCCUGUGUGAUGCGACGAACCAUAGGAGUCACCGACGACGGCUGGGUUGGUGGGCUGAAUUCGCUGCUAAAGUUCAACCACCCGUUUGGAGCAGAUCCAUGA